AUGGUAGAAGAAGCCAACAACAAACUUCUUAACGCAGACGAUGGACCUGCAUGUGAACAAUCUGCUGUAGAUGGUGUUAAGUAUUACACUUUAGAGGACAUAAGGCUCCAUAACAUGAGCACUGACACAUGGCUCAUUAUCAACGACAAAGUAUAUGACAUCACAAGUUUCCUUGAAGAGCAUCCUGGUGGUGAAGAGGUUUUACUGGAGCAGGCAGGUUCUGACGCCACAGAGAGUUUUGAAGAUGUGGGCCAUUCUACUGACGCUAGAGAGAUGCUCGAGCAGUACUAUGUUGGAGAGCUACACCUGGACGAUAGGAAAAAGGAAAAGCCAAAGGAGGCUAAUGUUACGCAUCCAGGAGAAAGCAGCGCUUGGUCCAGCUGGUUGAUAUCUGCUGUUGCUGCUGCUGCUGUCGGUGUGGCGUAUCGUUACUUUAUAUUUGAACACAAGUCUUCCUAA